AUGACAAAAGAUAGUAUUGCUAUAAAAGAAUUGGUACUUAACAAUUGGCUGUAUAAAGAGUCCAAAACAACCGAAUGGAAGCAGCUGAGGAAAGAUGUUUCAACAACUGAGAUUCAUGCUGAUUUGUUAAAUAAUAAAGAAAUCCCUGAUCCUUUCAUAGACCGUAAUGAACGUGACGUUCAAUGGAUUGGUGAAAGAGAUUGGGAAUAUAAAGCCGAGUUUCAAGUAUCUGCCGAAUCUAGAUCAUUAUCCAAUCAUGAGUUAGUAUUUGAAGGUUUAGAUACAUUUGCAACCGUCUAUCUAAACGAGGAGGAGAUAUUGAAGACUGACAACAUGUUUCGUGAAUAUCGAGUAGAUGUCAAAGAUCAUUUAAAUUAUGUUGGCUCAAAUACACUUCGAAUUUUGUUUAUAAGUGCACUUCACACUGCAAGAAGUUAUGAAAAAGAACAUGGAAAGUUUAAGUGCUUUAACGGAGAAACUAGUAGACUUCAAGUUAGAAAAGCUCAAUAUCAUUUUGGUUGGGAUUGGGGUCCUGUAUUGAUCACUUGUGGUCCUUAUAAACCAGUCAAGUUAAUUUCAUAUAAUGCUCAAAUACUUGAUGCUUAUGUUCAAGUUGAUGUUGAUAUCGAGAAGCAAAUCGCAAAGGUAAAUUCAGUUGUCGAAUUAAGCGUUUCCAAGUCAGAGAAGUUAACAUUAGAAGUUUCUUCUCCAUCAGGAGAGAUAAUUAAAACAAUUAGCCAAAGUGUGGAUGGGAAGCAAGUGUCAGAUAAAUUCUCAAUUGAAAACCCGGAAUUAUGGUUUCCAUUCACUCAUGGUAAACAGCCUUUGUAUGAAUUUAAAUAUACUUUGAAUAAUCAAGUUAUAACUAAGAAAGUUGGAUUCAGAAAAGUUGAAUUGGUUCAAGAAACAUUUGAAGAACAACCGGGUUCUAGUUUUUACUUUAAAGUGAAUUCCGUGCCCGUUUAUGCUACAGGUUCUAAUUGGAUUCCAGCUCAUUCAUUUCAAACUUUAUUAAAAAAUUCAGAUUAUACUGAAUUACUACAAUUAGCGGUUGAUGGUCAUCAAAAUAUGAUUCGUAUUUGGGGAGGGGGUUAUUAUGAAUCUGAUUUAUUUUAUGAACUUUGUGAUAAACUUGGGAUUUUGAUUUGGCAUGAUUUUAUGUUUGCUUGUGGACAAUAUCCAGGUUAUCCCGCUUUUAUUGAAACAGUGUCAGAAGAGAUUAUCCAUCAGUUAAAGAGACUCAGAAACCAUUGUUCUAUUGCUAUUUAUGCAGGUAACAACGAAGAUUAUCAGGUAGCUGAAGAGUUCAAAUUAGAGUGGGACCCAGAAGAUAAAUCAGGAGACUACAGUAAGACUAGUUUUCCAGCCAGAACCCUUUAUGAAAAUGUAUUUCCAAAACUAGUUGGACAAUAUUGCCCUGAAAUUCCAUAUCAUCCUGGUUCACCUUGGGGUGGAAAUGGUACAGCUGAUAAAACGAUCGGAGAUUUACAUCAAUGGAAUGUUUGGCAUGGAAAUCAAGAAAAAUAUCAGGAUUGGUAUAAAUUAGGAGGUAGAUUUAUUUCAGAAUUUGGUAUGGAAGCAUUGCCAAGUAGAAAAACUUUUGAAGCAUGUAUAACAGAUCCAGAAGAAUUCUACCCACAAAGUCAAACUGUUGAUCAUCAUAAUAAGGCAGAUGGAUUUGAACGUCGUUUAGCCUUGUAUGUUAUUGAAAACAUAAAAGUUCAAGGUUUGGAUUUCGAUUCCUGGAUAUAUGCAACCCAAUUAAUGCAAGCUGAAUGUCUUGGUUAUGCGUAUAGAUGUUGGAGAAGAGAAUGGAGAGGAAAUGGAAAACGAUAUACUGGUGGGGCUAUUGUAUGGCAGAUCAAUGAUUGCUGGCCUGUUACGUCUUGGUCAAUCAUUGAUUAUUAUAAGAGACCUAAAUUGGCCUAUUAUUCAGUUAAAAGAGAAAGUAAGCCUAUUAGUCUUGGUAUGUAUAGAAAUGAAAUUAAACAUACUAAUGAAGCAGCCCUUCCUGUUUCAAAUGCUGGACCACCUCAUGACUAUUCCCCAGUUGAUUACACUAUUGACAUUUGGGGUUCAAGUUCAAAAACAGAAGAUCAACAUGCUGUUUUGUUAGUUGAAAUCUAUAAUAUUGCAACGGGGGAUAAGAUUGAAUCAUUCUCUAAAGAUGUUACCUUAAAAGGAAAUUCUUCUACUGAAGUAGUUGAGAGUUAUCCAAUCUCUAAUUCCAUACCUGUUGUUGUUCACAGUAGAUUUGUCUCAAAACACGACGGUUCUAUUAUUGCUAGUGCUGCUGAUUGGCCACAGCCUAUCAAAUAUCUCAAAUUCCCCUCAAUAAAUAUUGAACAUUCUGUGUUCGAUGAUUAUAUCACUCUAUCUACCAAUAAGCCAGUUAAGGGCAUUGAAAUUAUAUUAGAAAGUGAUUUGUUUUUGGAUGAUAAUGGAUUUGAUUUGUUUCCAGGUGACAUAAAAGAGAUCGAAGUCAAAGGAUUGAAAAAGUCAGAUAAAGUACAAAUUAGAUAUUAUCAUUAA